CAGAAACAGAAAACGCGCGUCGCUUGCUGCCAGUUUUUCGUCUAUUUGGUGUCGUGCGUUGUUCCUCUUGUUUUCGCGAACUUUACCUUAAUUUGCCUUACUGUUUUUCCCCGGACUCUGUGCAGCAAAAGCAGAGCAAAUUGAAUUAAUAAAAGCAAUGUGAUAACAAGCAAGUACAAAAUAACCAACGAAAGACGAUAACCGAUAAACGAACACAGCGAGAAAAUAAAUAUAUCAAUAAUAUGAUUUAGUCAGAGACACUAAAUAUAAACGAUAAACGAACACUGAAAUAACCGAAACUAACUCCAAUCUAAAUUCAGAAAUACACAAACUAUAUUGUUCGCGAUGUCAAACACUCAUUAGAAACACAAAACAUAUAUAAAAACAUAGAAGAAAUAUUAAAGUUGGCCCGUUGAUGGUUCACGUUUUGCAACAAGCAAGGAUAAUCCGGCAGCAAGAUGAUCAAACUGAAAUCCUUGUUCCGCAGAGGACAGGGCACCUCCAGCUCCAACUCCUCCAAUUCUUCGCACAAGCAGCAGCAGCACUCCUCCAACAACAAUCGCCAGAAAUCGCAGUCGAGCACUUCAUUGAAUACCGCCCACGAGCAGCAGCAGCAGCAACCACAGCAGCAGCAGCAACACAACAACACAGAAGCAACAACAAAAUUUUACGCCCACCAGGAGGCAGCCAGCUACGAAAGGGGUGUGGAUGUGGGUGAUGAGGAGGCGCUGCUGCUGACCAACCAACAGCAGCAACAGCGACGACAACAGCAGUUGCACCAACAACAGCAACUCCAGAGCAACACCUUACCCCAAAAGAAAUCCAAGCUUAAGGGACAGAAGCAGCCAAAGCAAUUGCCGGUGCAGCAGCAAUACAAUGCAUCUGAGCUACAGCAGCCAAGUCAACAACAACAGCCACAGCCGCAGCAGCAGCAGCAACCACUGAUGACUUCCCUGGCAGCCGUGCCGCAGGCCGCAGCAACUGGCAACAGCAGCAGCAACAUCAACAACAACAACGCAUUGGCCGCACUGCAAGAUGGUGGCGCUGCUGCCGCCGCUGCAGCAGAUUUCUACCAGCAACUAGCAGCAGCAGCAACGGCAACAGCAACAGUAACAUCGACCAACAGCAGCAACACCAGCACCGAUAGUCCGGCUAACUCAUUUCCCGCAGCAGCAGCAGCCGUUGCUGUUGCCGCUGUGGCAGCCAGUAGCUAUCAGCAACAACAACAACAGCAACAGCAGCAGCAGCAACUCAUCAACAACGAACAGCAACAACAGCAACUCUUAGAGGCUAACAACAAAAUGCAGGAGCUGCACAAGCAGCUGGAGAGAUUGGGAAGCGAGCAACUGCAGCUGAAAACACGCAUCACGGAGCUGCUGCCAUACCAAAGCGAGGUGGCCAAGCUAAAGGGCGAUCUGGUUAAGAUGCAGAGUCUACAGGAAAAGACCCAGAUGGAGAUCGGCAACCUGAAAUAUGAGAAUGAAUCUCUGCGCAAUCGGCUGCGGGACGUUGUGAACUCGCCGCUGUCGGAUGCGGAGAAGCACCAGAUCAUCCAAGACUCACAGCGGCUGCACAGCUCGGCGCCCGCCUCAAUAGCCCUGCCCAGUACAAACGAUGCGCAUGAUGGCACACCGUGCCUCACGCCCGACUGGGAUAAACAGUCAUCCUCCAGCGAGAUCUCUGUAGCCUGCCUGCAGGACAAGAUAAUUCAGAUGGAGGAGACCCACUACUCCACCAAUGAAGAGCUACAGGCUACACUGCAGGAGCUGGCUGACUUGCAAACCCAGCUGACAGAUACACAGACGGAAAACGAACGUCUUGCCGAGGAAAAGGAUGUGCUUUUCCAGUCCCUUUGUCGACAGACCGAGAAGCUAAAUGAAUCGCGAACGCAGAUCAGCACACUGAAAGAGCUGCUCCUGCGGGAUACCAAGCACGCUGCCUCCGAAGUCAGUCCCUCGGAGCGGGAGCAAAAGCUUUUGGAUCUGAUUAAGACAUCACAGGAGGAGCGCGAGGCUGUUUUACUCAAGCAGGAGGAACUGGGAGCUGAACUGGCAGAGCUAAAGCAGGCGAGGGAAGCUAGCCAGCAGGAGCAGCAGCGCCAGAGGGAGCGGAUUGCUCUGUUAGAUUCUCAGUUGGAUGCUGCCAACGCAGAGCGGCGGCAAGGAGAAGCUCAGUUCUCGCAGGCCAAGGAGGAAAUUUCGCAGCGGGCCAUCGAAAUCAGUCGGUUAAGCACUUUGCUAGAGAAUGCUCGUUCUAAAAUCGAGGAGCUUGAAGCCGAUUUGGCCCGAGGAGACAAGACAGACCUCAGCGAUGUACUGGAUGUGGCCAGGAAAGAGAAGGAUGCCCUGGAAGAACGUGUGGCCGAACUGCAGGAUCAGUGCUCGCGCAGCCAAGCUGAGCUAAGAAGACUUCGCGAGCAGCUCUCUGGAUUGACCGAGGAAUGCAAGGUGGCUAAGAACAAUGCCAAGUGCGCAGUUUCCCACCUCGAAUAUCGCUUGGAGCAGCUUCAACGGGAAAAGGACAAAAUAGCUGGCGAAUGGCAGGCGCUAGAGGAACGCGUGGCUGAAUUGCAGGUGCAGUGCAAGUGCCACCAGGAGGACAAAGCUCAGCUACAGUCCUUGCUUGGCGAAACCCAGCGCCACUUGGGCGAUGUCCAACUAAAGUUGGGCGAGUCGGAGUGCCGGCUCGACCAGGAGACACAGCUGCGGCGAAAGGAGGCCGAGGAGUGGCAGCAAUUCCAGUCCGAUCUCCUCAUGACCGUGCGAGUGGCCAACGAUUUCAAGACUGAGGCGCUAAGCGCCCGGGAGCAACUCGUGCUCGACAACAAGACACAGAAGGAGAAGAUCAGACUACUGGAGCAGCAGCUCGAGAAGCUCACCAAGCAACAACUGCAACAGUCGGAGACUCCGCAGUCGGUGCUGUCCACAGUCCAACGUGAGAUGGAGAUGGCCACGCGUCGCAGCAAGCUGUCCUUUAGCCGACAGGAUUCCCGACUCUCCGUUAAAACGCUCAUCGAGAGUAUCGAGAAUAACAAGGCGCAGGGCAAAACUGACGAGACGGAAUCCCACUACAGCUCUACGUCCAGCCUAAACAGCGGUACUCCAGAGCUGGGGACCACACCCAUUAUCUUUCCCCCCUCCAGUGAUUGGCAUGAAAGCCUUCGCCUGCCUGUGCUGCAAAGCAGCAACCUGCACGUGAAUGUGGGUAAUCAAGUGGGAGAUGGAACAGGAGCGACUAUUCCAGCUGGCGGCGGAGGAGGUUCAGCUAGCAGUACCAAAGCCACGUUUCCGUUGCGCGAUCAACAGCAGCACCAGCAGACUGCGAUAUCAACGCCCCAGAGCGCGAUUCAGAUCCAGUCUCAGAUCCAGAUUCAGAAUGCUUCCCAGCCUUCGACGCCGGCUACGCCUAGCAGUGCGGGCAGCAGUAGCAGCGGGGGUCUGCCCUUUGGAAAUGUCUCAAAGUCCUUUAUUGGCGGCGAACGUAAGGACCCGCUGAACAUGCUGGCCAAGAACGGCGGCUCGAAGCGCAACGCCCUGCUGAAGUGGUGCCAGAACAAAACAGUGGGCUACCGCAACAUCGACAUCACUAACUUCAGCUCUUCGUGGAACGAUGGCCUGGCCUUCUGUGCGAUCCUGCACUCGUAUCUACCGGACCGCAUUCCCUACGAUCAACUGAGUCCGGCCAACAAGCGGCGCAACUUCUCGCUGGCAUUCGCAGCUGCCGAGUCCGUGGGAGUGGGCACCACCUUGAACAUCAAUGAUAUGUGUCAGAUCGAACGACCCGACUGGAUGCAGGUGAUGUCCUAUGUGACGGCUAUCUACAAGUACUUUGAGACUUAGAGGAGGGAACUUGAUGAUCGUCCGAUGAUGACUGCCAUCCAAUUGGCCUCUUUGUCUAGUAGUUGUUGUCCGCUUUACUUUCAAUAUACAUCUUUUUGUUUUUCUCCUUAUACAUACUCUUUGUUGUUGUGUAUACGCAGCCUUUCCAGUAUGGACAGCAAACUUAUCUUAUAAACAACUCCAUUAGCUUGUACGCUUCUUUUCCGAGUCGCCUCUUCUGCUUUAGUGUUUCCCAUGUACAGUAAUCACUCGGUCCAAUGGCACACAUUUAGGCAUCGCAUCUGUAAAAUGCGUUUUUGUUUGUUUUCCGAUUUUACAGACGACCCCUAGCAUUAAGUUUAAGCUUAAAGUUUAAUUUUAAUGGAGCUUCGAAGGUUGUUCAGCACAACGAUCGCUCUCCAGCCAGUGGCCACUGUACAUGGGUAGGGAAGUUCUGUUUUAUUAUUUUUUUUUUAUUAUUGCCUGGUACAGAGAUUAUUUUUACACGCAAAUCGAUGAUGGAUGAUAAUUAGCUUGAUUGGCUUGAUUAGCUUGACGAGGAAGCAUAACUAUAGAUAUAAUAAGGAGAUGGUCCGAACUAGCUUUAGCGUAUCUUUAACGAUUAUUUAUUCCAACUACAUCAGAUCACUAAUUUAAACGCAAACAAAAUGUAUUUUUUUCAACGAUUCAUUCUACCAUAAAGAGGAAAAGCGCUGCGGAAAAGGCAGUGCAGCACGUAA